AUGGCAAAAAUUUAUUGCAGAAUGAUAAUUUUUUUAUAUAAUAUUUUUCAAACAGUUAGGGCACAAGAUGAUGAUAACGGUGAUGAUGAACCAAAUGCUGAACAGCUUUGUGACGGACGUCCUGGUGAUGAAUACUUUAGAUUGUCUACCGAAGGCGACUGCCGAGAAGUAGUACGGUGUGACAAAGGAGGUGAAAAUGGCGUCACAAGGCUCGCUUCAGUGCGCUGCCCUGGUGGACUAGCAUUCGAUAUCGACCGCCAGACAUGUGAUUGGAAAACACAUGUUAAGAAUUGUGAUAAACUAGAAAGUAAGUGCACUAGGUCAGGUCUUAAACAGAUCACAUGCCCGUCUGGACUGUCUUUCGAUCUUGAUAAACAAACCUGCGACUGGAAGGGUAAAGUGACCAACUGUGACAAAAUUGAGAAACCAAGAAAAAUUCUGCCCAUCCUUAAGACUGAUGAACCAAUCUGCUCUGAAGGCAAGCUUGCUUGCGGAAGUGGUGACUGCAUCGAGAAAGAAUUAUUCUGUAACGGAAAACCAGACUGCAAAGAUGAAUCUGAUGAAAAUGCUUGCACCGUCGAUUUGGACCCCAAUAGAGCACCAGACUGCGAUACCAGCCAAUGUAAACUUCCCGACUGCUUCUGCUCAGCUGAUGGUACUCGUAUCCCCGGAGGCUUGGAGCCUAGUCAAGUCCCUCAGAUGAUCACAAUCACCUUCAACGGUGCUGUAAACGUUGACAACAUUGACUUGUACGACCAGAUCUUCAAUGGAAACCACCAAAAUCCUAAUGGUUGUCAGAUCCGCGGUACCUUCUUUGUCUCCCACAAAUACAGCAAUUACGCUGCUAUUCAGGAAUUGCACCGUAGAGGACACGAAAUCGCAGUUUUCUCAAUCACACAUAAAGAUGAUCCUAACUAUUGGACCAGUGGCAGCUAUGACGAUUGGUUAGCCGAAAUGGCUGGAGCGCGUCUUAUAAUUGAACGUUUUGCUAACAUUAGCGAUGCUUCUAUUAUUGGAGUAAGAGCCCCAUACUUGAGAGUUGGAGGAAAUAAACAAUUUGAAAUGAUGACUGACCAAUACUUUGUAUAUGAUGCAUCUAUAACCGCACCUCUAGGUCGUGUCCCUAUCUGGCCUUACACGUUAUUCUUCCGUAUGCCACAUAAGUGUAAUGGAAACGCCCAUAAUUGUCCCUCAAGGAGUCACCCAGUCUGGGAAAUGGUUAUGAAUGAACUUGACAGAAGAGACGACCCAACCUUUGAUGAAUCUCUUCCUGGUUGUCACGUAGUGGACUCUUGUUCAAACAUUCAAACUGGAGAACAAUUCGCGCGUCUUCUUCGUCACAACUUCAACCGCCACUACACGACCAACCGUGCCCCUCUUGGUUUCCAUUUCCAUGCUUCUUGGCUCAAGUCAAAGAAAGAAUUCAGAGAUGAACUUAUCAAAUUUAUCCAAGAAAUGAGUGAAAAGAACGAUGUUUACUUCACUUCUCUCAUUCAGGUGAUACAAUGGAUGCAGAACCCCACAGAACUGUCCCAACUCAGAGAUUUUGCGGAAUGGAAACAAGAGAAAUGUGACGUAAAAGGUCAACCAUUCUGCUCUUUACCAAAUGCGUGUCCUUUAACAACCCGGGAAUUGCCAGGCGAGACACUGCGUCUUUUCACCUGUAUGGAAUGCCCUAAUAACUAUCCCUGGAUCUUAGAUCCCACGGGAGAGGGCUUCAGCGUUAGGAAGUGA